UUCGAGACGAUAUUAGUGACGAAUGAGACGCGAAAGUGUACACACAGAAAAUAUAAACUGUCUUAUGUGCGAUACGAACGUUUCAAAUUCUUAUUAGUGAAAUUCUUGUACUUUCUUAAUUGUAAACUCUUUACUGUUCAACGUUACAUCACAGUUCUGUGACUAAAGAGUUAUUUUUAUUAAAAACGAAUAAAAAGGAUGGCUAGUUUUAAAAUUUCCGCACCGGGCCGAAUCGUCUUAGCCGGAGAACACUCGGCGAGUUAUCAAAAAUACUUUGUCUCGACCAGUUUAAAUUGUCGUACCCUACUCACAUUUCGUGAAUUACCAGAAGGGUGGCCAAUUAUAAUAGAAUUCCCAGAUGUGAAUCUACAGAUUCAAGUACCUUUAGAAGAAGUUCGUGGCUACCUUUCUGAAGAGCAAAAUAACCAAUUAAAUCCAAACUUUAGGAUUAAAUACGUGAAAUCCUUCAUUACCUUCAACGGCUUGUGGCGUACGUUCCAACAGAGAUUUAGUUUACAAAUGUUCUUUUGUUUACUUUAUAGCAUUGCUGUAAAGGAGAGACUUAACAUCGGAUCUUUUUACGUGCAUGUAACCUCGAAUAUACCGCUCGAUGCUGGUCUUGGCAGUUCAACAUCAUUCGCUGUGUGUCUGGCUGCGUGUUUUCUUCAUUGGUAUCGUUUACAGAAUGAGCCUCAUGCAAUUAUUAAAUUUAAUCACAUAGACUUUUUGGUGGAUGUUGGAGUGUACGUUAAAUAUUACGAGGAACGUUUGCAAGAUUAUCAAUGUACGCAGAUCGAUACCGACGUUUGUAUAUACGGCUAUGCAACAAAUAGUCUACUUGCCGAUUACGGAGAGUACGCUUUUGUGAGUUUCGAUGAGUUGGCAAGAAUGAAGAUUCUACUGAUCGAUUCAGGUAUUCGCCAGGAAAAGUGUGAUCAAGCAAUACAAUUGGCACAAUACAAAUUUCAAAAUUCUAUCAUAUUUAAUAACGUAUUAAAUGAAUAUGAUAAUUUAGCCUUACAAGUGUAUAUUUUCCUCGAUGAACUAAGUAUUAAUAUUCGGAAUGCCAAUUUAACUCAGCAAGAACGUAAAUAUGGACACUUAGAGUUGUACAUUAGAGAUAGUCAAAAUUUAUUGCGGAACUAUGGUUUGUCCAGUGAGGUAUUUAAUCGUAUUUUCGCUAUCGCAGACGAUAUUGAAUACGCGGCCAAGCUCACAGGUUUUGGACCCAAAUAUUCGUACAUUGUGCUACCACCUGACAUAACAAACAACGAAAUCAUAGAAAUUGCAACAUAUCUAAGGAAUGAAAAUUACCUUGUUAUAAGUACUAGCAUCAAUUGUGAUGGAGUCAGACUUGAGAAUUGAUUCUGUUAAAAUUAUCGCGAUUAUUAUAUAAAUGUCAAAAUAAUAAUAAGUAACUAAACGUAAAAAAAAUUAAGAUAAUUACCUGUGGUAUUUGAAAAAAAAUGUUACGAACAAUAUACAUUUUUGUUCAAUUUACGUAUACAUACACAGUCUUUUAAUGGCAGCGUAUUAAAUUAUGAAAUUAAAGGUGAGAAAUCAUAGAAUAUUUUCUUAUCAAAAUUAUCAAAGAAUAUUAUUUUCUUCGUACUUUAUUUUAUUAAACUUUAAAAACAUAAUCAAUGUUGUUUCGGGAUCAUGUGCUGUAAUAAAUGUUUAAAAACUUUCGAUUUGUAAAUUAUUAGUAUAAAAAACGUUAUUUUUCAUAACUUAUAUUGCAUUAUAUCAUUUAAUGCAAUUUGUAAAUAAAAAAUAAAUCAAAUAAUUUUGAAUU